AUGUUAAACUUUAUCUAACCUCGGUCCAUCUCUUAUAAAACUAAUUUAACUUUACUAGCUCUAUUCCUAACUAUGAUAACCCUAAUUGAACAAAUCUAAACAAAAUAAUCCUAAUCAUACCCUAUUUACAUUACCCAAGCCUAGAAUCCUAAUUCAAUGAACUUUAACCCAAAUAUCACCUUAAUCCUAACUCUAAUUACCUAAUUUAACUUUUACAACUCUAAUUCUAAUCCUAAUAACUCUAGUUAGACCGAUCUACCCAAAAUAAUCCUAAUGCUAACCCUAAUUACACUUUACCUUAAGUCUAGAGUCCUAAAUAAACUAACUUCAACCUAAUAUCUUCUAAAAACUAACUGGACCUUAAGAACCCUUAUCUUAACCCUAGUGACUCUAGGUGAAUUAAUUUAACCACAAUAAUUAUAAUCCUAACCCUAAAUACAUUAUCCUAAGUAGAGACUCUUAAUUAAACUAACUUACACCUAAUUUGCCUGUAAUCCAAUUGAACUAAUUUUACUUUAAUAAUCAUAUCCAACCCUACUAAACGUUAGUAAAGUACUCCAAUCGAUAUAAGCCUAAUCGUAGUAAUAAUAUAUUGCCCUAAGUCUAGAACCCUAAUUAAACUAACUUUACUCCUAAUAUCACCUCAAUCCCUACUCUAAGUAAACUAGUUCAAACUUAAUAACACUAAGCCUAACCCUAAUUAUAUUACGUUAGGUUUAGGACUCUAAUUAAGCUAAGUUUAUCCUCUACUUGAAAUCUUCUUCUAACCCUAAUUGAACUACUAUUUCACAAUGAUUGUUUCGAUAAAUCCAUAUGCUCUUAUUAUUACAUUCAAUUUAGUUUGAUAUAUAACAGUAUUUUGUGUUACAUAUCAUGUUUGGGGGAAUUGAAACCGUUACCCCUGGUCUCCCGUCUAACCAUACAUGACUCUAUUUGGGUAUGAAAUUAAUUUUUCCAUCUAAAAAGAUGUGCUCUAUGUUAGGAGCAUGAUUUAUGUACAAUAAUUAUUAGAUCUAUCCAGGAAGGAGUUCCCUUCUCGAACAGGUUAUGAAUACAGUAGUUUGUCAUCUAUCUAUGUGUACUUUGUGCAUGUUCAUUUAUUAAAAAUUUUCGUAGCACGUACUCGUUAUUCAUUGCAUACAAUAAGCGUAUGUUGUUCUGUAUUUCGAUCUAUUGCCGAUACGCAUAACAACAUUCACACAUUGUAAGGAGAACAAGUAGAUGCUGUCGAAAUUUCAAGAAAUGAAAACACAAAGUAUGCAAAGAUAGAUAUACACACUACUAUAUUCUUAAUAAGAUAGGUCCAUUUUUUAUUACAGCUGCUAAAGUGAAUAAUUCAACAUAGGAUUGCGUUUGAAUUUAGAAAAAUAUGUGCCAACUUUCAUCAAACUGUUAUAAUAUAACAUUGCCCAGAUGGUGGGAAAAAAACUUUUAACAUUACGUGACCAUAAUUUUAUGCAACAAAUAUUACAUGUAAUAUUUUUUACACACAAGCUUGUGGCUUAUCUUCAAACCUCAACAAAAAUUCCCCUAAAACUCAAUGUUCUCCUAAAAAACACUUGGUUUUCAUGCAGCAACAAAGAGUAAACAAAUCCAGACUUAUGGCAUCUUUAACCCCCUUCCUCCCACCAAAAAUCCCUAAAACGCCCCCAACCCCGAUCCAAACACCCACCAUGUCCCAAAUCAUGGAGGCAUCCAAAGCUCAAGGCCUUUCCCUCAAUCUACAGAUCUUUGGCCCGUUCUUCAGAGUUCAAGCAGAGAGUGAGGAUGGAACAGAGCUGGGAAGGGCAGAGGGUGUAAUUAGGAGGUGGAUCAGAGGCAAAGUGUUGCACCUUGACUCUAUGAGGAUGAAGAGGGAGACAUUGAGGAUGGAUCGGUCUAUUUUUGGGCUCGGUUUGUUUGUUGGGGCUGUUGCAGUUCGGCACGGGUUCGAUUGCGGGUGUGACCGGGCUGAGUUGCUUGCUAUCAAUGACUCGCCUCUCUACCACUCUAAGCUUGUUAGGUUUUACAAGAGAAUGGGUUUCAAGGUGGUGCACGAAGUGGAUGGAUCGUCCAUGGGAGACUUAGCUCACAUGUUGGUUUGGGGAGGUAGAGGAACCAGAAUGGAUGCCGAUAUCAAUGAGCUCCUUGUUAAAUGGGGCAAAAGAUUCAAACCUCAAAGCUAAUAUUGUUGAUUUUUCUCUCAAGCUUCACAUUCAUACAGCAAGGAAAAAUAUCACACCGGUGCUUUCUCGAGGUAAGUGUGUCCAAUCUAGUAUUUCAUACUUUGAUGCCAAGUUUCUAAAUAGUUUCAUGUGUAGCAGGCUUAGUGCUCAUCUUUCACAAUUGAAUUAGCAUAAUUUCACGAUUUCUGAAUUUAUUCUUCAAGAUAAUUUCUUGCCUGACAGUAUUGAUUCUUAAUAAUAUGCUUAUGAGUCUAAUUUAUUAAGGGUAAAUUUUACAAAAACCCCUUGAACUUUGAGGCAUUCCCGCAGAACCUCUCUGAUAUCUUUUCUAUUCCACUAACAUUGAGGGGUCUCAUAGAGCCCCCCAUAAACUUUCAAAAUUUUCCAAUGGACCCUCCUGACAGUAUUAAUUGAGUCACUGGCUAUUGUUUUUGUUGCGUAGCUUGUUGAUCCAUUAACAUUAUUAGGCGGUUCCAUGGGAAAAUUUGAAAGUUAAGAAGGGUUUUGCAAGACGGCCAAAGUUCGAGAGAGUUUAGUGGAAUAAAAAAAGUUCAGGGGGUUUCGACUUUCUGCGUAAAUGACCCAAAGGUUUUUUUUCCUAUCUUCUUUUAGUUGUUUGU